ACAUUUAAAAUUAGACCCUGAAAGGCGGUCUCGCAUGGUUGGAUAUAGUGAGAAGUAAAACGGAAAAAGCCGAUUUUAAAAAUUGCUAGUUACUUAAACUACUAAAACAUGGUGAAGCUGACCAAGGCAAAGACCUUCCAGGCAUACUUGGAUUCAUGCCAUCGUAGGUAUGCUUGUGUGCACUGCCGUGCUCAUUUGGCCAACCACGAUGACCUAAUUUCCAAGUCUUUUCAGGGCAGUCAAGGACGAGCGUACCUCUUCAAUUCAGUGGUGAACGUGGCAUGUGGUCCGGCAGAAGAGAGAGUCCUUCUGACGGGUCUCCAUGCUGUGGCAGACAUCUACUGCGAGAGGUGCCAUACUACGCUAGGCUGGAAAUAUGAACAGGCAUUUGAGUCAAGCCAAAAGUACAAAGAGGGAAAGUUUAUCAUUGAGGUUUCCCAUAUGAUCAAAGACAAUGGCUGGGACUGAGCUUAGCAUCUGAACCUUUUAUGUGCUCAGACUGCCGGAAUGAGACGAGGACAUUCACACAUUUGCAGUCACUGAAUUAUAACUAGUGAAUAGCUGUCUACAAAUGGUCAACUGAUUCAGUCACCUGUGAUUGAGCCACUCUAAGUUCCCUGCUUGUGUCUUACCAACUAGCUGCUUUUCAAAUUGCUGCAUACUGUAUGCGAUGAUUUUUAUAUCUUCCCAGUUAAUUAUCCUUCCUACUGCUAUUUGGGGAAUGAGGGUUUUUCAAGGAAAAAAAUGCUGCAGGACAGUUGCAUCAGCAUGAGUAUAUAAUAAUCUGUUGUAGCAAAUGGAGUGAUGCAUUUGUCAGACUGGAAGUUCCCAUUAGUUUGUAUGCUUUAUCACAUGAAAGCAAAGGUAUUAGUGUAAUUUUUCAGGUUUGGAAAGUGCUAUGGAUUACAUGUGAUUAAAUGGCAGAUUUCCAAGGUUUAUUUUAGGUGAACAAUCAAGUACAGAUUUUUUAGUCUGUUUAUGCACUUUGUAUUAGUUGUGUUGUGUAUAUAUGUGUAUGUGGAUAUAUGUAUAUGUGAAAGUUUUGCAAGGACACUAUUUGAGCAUAGUGUAAUAUGUAUCAUGAAUCCAUGAAUUACUUUGUAUGUACAGGUGUUUUUUUUAAACUGUCAUUUAUUAGUGAUUUGUGAAACUGCUUUAAUGCUCGGUAUAAUAAACGUUGCUAUAAUUACUGA